AUGGUCAUCUUCUUGUUGGCUUUUGGUCACACAUCAUCACAGUACAGUACCACACAACACAACAGCAAUAACACAACUCACAACCAACAACUCCCCCAACACCACUUCAACACCACCAACACCACAACAACAAUCUCCAUGGUCGGUGCAACAUCUGGUGCAAGCUCCGCAGCCGCCACAACAAUGAGCCUAUCGAACCACAGCCACACCGAGUCAGGCUCCACAAUGGAGUCGCUCAACCACUUUUCCACGACAACAACCAGCCACUCGCGCGACUCACAACCCCAAUAUCCGCUUAGGACUGCCAGCCCGCUCUCCGUAGUGUCAGACCAGUCAUCCUCUACACAUGGACACGAGGAAGACGACGAUGACCUCGAAGAGUCGAGCUGGGACAGCGAAGACUUCUCAUCUGAUGACUACGAGGCCGACACCCGCAGGACUCGUCCCGCAGGGCCGCAUCUUGUGAUUGACUCGGACACGAUGCGGCUGCCUUCAGGACGGAUCAUAUCCUCACGGCCGGCAGUCGGCGGCAGCACAUCCUCAAAUCACAUGCGCAGGCGACAGCAACGUCGUGCUUCACCCCAGCUCCUCGAGGAAGACCUUUCACAGAACGAUCUCAAUGCCACCUACAACAACACCAACACGACAGCAGCUGCAACACCUCACGACAACGCGGACCGAUCGCAAGGACAAAUACCACCAAUGUCACGUUCCGCCUCUCCCGAGACAGCACUGGUUUCCACGACGACGACGACGACGACACCCGAGACCAGCCUCUCCAAGCGCGAGACCAAGCGCCGCGCCCUGACCACGCAGCUCGCCUCGCGCAUGCGGCAGACCGACCAGCAGACCCUCGCGCGCCUGCCCCACGCCGAGCAGCGGAGCCUGCUGGUCACCGGGCAGCGGGCGGUCGAGCAGGCCCAGCGCGAGGGGCAGCGGUUCACGGGCAAGAUGGACAGCCUGGGCAACAUCCAGGUGUCGGAGCGGUUCGUGAACGAUGUCCCCGGCGGCAAGGCGCACAAGAACCGGUUCUUUGCGAGGUGA